AUGCUUAUUUUUCGUUUCUGGCUUGAAAAGCUUUCCCAGUGCUUCAUUGAAAACUUCAAAGUUGAACAAGCCUAUAUCAAUCCGGACAUUCUCGAAUUAUUUUUUGGCGAUUCCCCGUUUAAAUUCCACACAAAAUGUUUUUAUCUGGUUUACAAAGAAUACGGUUUUUCUAGAGAAUACGAUUUUAUGUAUCAUCACGUUGUUAUUCACGGAUAUCGAGGCUUUUAUCUUAUUGGACGGAAAAUGCAUGGCGAACUGUUAAAAGAAGAAGAACGUUAUUUUCGAGCUCAGGAUGAAGAAAUGGAAGAAAUUUACAAAAUUGUGGAGUAUGAAAUGUUUGGUGUAGAUAAUCCACUAGAACAUAAAAUUAUGUAUUUAUGUUUUCCUAUUGGUUCUAAGAAAGCGCGCGUUUUGGGGAUUAGAUGUUGUGAUUUUUUGCAUUAA